AUGGAAGUCGAAGAGACGCUAGCAGUGGUGUCAGCAGUAGCUCCGAUAAGCACUGGUAUCGAGCGAACGGGGGAGGAGGCCCCACAGGGGCGGGGAGGUUUGACCGAUAGAGGGAGAGACUUGGGCACGGAAGGGCCGAGAGAGCAAAAGAAAAGCGAGGAAGAGGAGUUUUUGAGAGGGGAUGGCGGCUUUGGUGACCCUGAUGUUGCUGUGGAAGGGGGUGUGAGUGCUUCAGACAACGAGCGUGAAGUGAAUGAGGAGGAGAUAUUGAGGAGGGAUGGCGGCUUUGGUGACCCUGAUGUUGCUGUGGAAGGGGGCGUGAGUGCUUCAGACGACGCAGCUGAGUUUACUAGAGGCGAACGGUUCUGGAAUGGCGUUCCAGCGAGGCAGGCUAUAACGAGGACGGAUGGGGAGUAUCGGUGCUGCUAUGGAGUGCAGGUAGCGGGGUUGCCUCUGGACAUAUCAGAGGAGGACACGUGGCAGAUGAUGGAGGGGCGAGGAGGAGAGGUGGUGGAUGUGAGGCUGUACAAAGGGACACCUCUUGAAGAGUUCGGGCAGGUGGACGGCCUGCGGUUGGAGCAAUCUGCAGAUCGGGCAGCUGGGAAAACAUCGGAAGCGGAUAUCGGUGGACCUUUUGGCGAAUCAGAUUCUUUGGCUGCUCCUGAGCCACAGCUGCAUUCAGUGGUGACUUUCCAGUCAAAGGAGGCAUAUCAAGCAGCUCUGGCCACUCGCAUCGUGACACUUGGCAGCACCACAGCGCAUGUCCGAGCCUGUCCUGCAGGCUUGGAGCCACUGGUGGUCCGGUUCGAGUCCAAAAACACUCACCGCCGGCAGGCUCGGCACCAGGCUCGGCAGCAGGGGAGGCACUCGUUGGACUGUAGCGCCGUCCACUUCUGGCCGCAAGAUAUUCCGGUGCUGGCUGUGGAUUUGCGGGCGGCGGGAGUUGUGGAUGUUACGAUUGCGGUUGCGGACGGCAGCUCGCAGGGAGUGGCGGAGGUGAAAGAGAGGCUGAAAGCAGCGAGUCCCCAGUGGGCUGUGAGCCUCCCCUUCGAUCCCCUCAUCAACCCCUGCAUCCCUUUAGAACCCGGGGGAGGGGGAGCGGAGAAGCAGAGGGCGCGGCUGCAGAAGGUGCAUGAUAGGCUGGAUGGCAUGGGCUUGCGGUUACAGCGGUUACUGGUUCAGGUGGAGGAUUUAUCGGAUGUGAUUGGUCGAGAGGUGGCUGCGUUGGAGGGUGGUUUGGACGGUGAUGGGCACAUUGGUCAGUGUAGUAAUCGUCACCCCAUCAAGUUCCUCAGCUCUCUCUUCAUGACUGGGGCCUCUGGCCCUGCCUUUCCCACUUGGCCCCUCCUCGGCGCCUGUUCUGUUUUCUGCCGCCGAUGGACUUCCUGGUUGAAAGGCUGCCCCCCAGUCGACUGCCCUGCGCUCCUUCCUGGCUCUGGGGUUGCUCUCAGGGGCCGGGCCCGUGCCACGUUCGUCUGA